AUGGCUACGUUUCUAUGCAGGGUUCAGUUCUUAGAUGAUACUGAUCCAUUUAACAGCACCAACUUCCCCGAGCCCACCAGGCCACCUCUGUACACUUUCAGGGAAGAUAUUCCUCUGAUAAAUCAGAUUGCUGGAGUCCACAGGCUGCUUAAAGCCCCGCAGAAGCCUGAUGACUGUGCACUUCAGCUGUCCCAUAAUGGAAGCUACCUGGACCUGGAGUCUACCCUGGCCGAGCAGAGGGAUGAACUGGAGGGAUUUCAGGAGGAAGGAGGGAGGGGCAAGAAACACAGCAUUCUUCUUCGAACACAGCUGUCCGUCAGAGUUCACGCCUGCAUUGAAAAACUCUACAACUCAACUGGACGGGAGCUACGGAGAGCUCUCUUUUCCCUCAAGCAGAUCUUUCAGGAUGACAAGGACCUGGUGCACGAGUUUGUGGUGGAGGAAGGACUGACGUGUUUGAUCAAAGUGGGCGCUGAAGCGGACCAGAACUACCAGAAUUACAUUCUCAGGGCUCUUGGUCAGAUAAUGCUGUAUGUGGAUGGGAUGAACGGCCUCAUAUCUCACAAUGAAACAGUCCAGUGGCUUUACACACUGGUUGGAUCCAAGUUUCGUCUGGUGGUGAAGACAGCCCUAAAGCUGCUGCUGGUGUUUGUGGAGUACACCGAGUCUAACACCGCCCUGCUCAUAAAGGUCGUGAACGCCGUGGAUGCCAAAAGAGAAACAAAACUGUGGUCAAACGUCAUGGAGAUCCUAGAUGAGAAGGAUGGAGUGGAUACAGAGCUGCUGGUGUAUGCAAUGACACUCAUCAAUAAGACUCUGGCAGGCCUCCCAGACCAGGACUCAUACUACGACAUGGUGGACUGUCUUGAGGAGCAGGGCAUUGAAGCCAUGGCCCAGAGACACCUGAGCAGGAAAGGCACUGACCUCGACCUCGUAGAACAGUUCAACAUCUACGAGAUGACUCUCCGACACGAGGACGGAGACGAUGAAACCCAGUUGCCUCCCAGCGUCCGUAAGGAGCGCAGGCGGGCCAGCGUCGGUGGCACCAACGAGAGGCGAGGCCUGGAGAGAAGACGCAGCCGAAGACAUUCACUCCAGAAUAGCAGAGGCCACACUUCUGCCCCGGCAUCACCGAGCAGCGCUCACGCGAGCAGCUUCCUGCCUUUCGGUGGCCAACGCGUUGAGGACAUCAGUGAGAGAAUCCGUGCCAAUGGCAGUCCAUACCCUGGCAGGCACAAGGCUUCGACAUCACCCAUGCAUCGCUUCACUACUUCAGCAACCUGCACACCAGAGUCCAAAGCAGUUGACAGACCUGCUCUAGGAGGCUUGCUCACUUCAUCGUACAGACAGCAUCAGGAGUCUCUGACUGCGGAGAGAGAGAGGAGACGCCUGGAAAGAGAAGAGCGUCUGCAGAGAAUCGAAAGAGAAGAGAGGAACCGUUUCAAUCGAGAUUAUGUUGACAAGAGGGAAGAAGCAAGACAAGCCAGAGAGGAAAGGUACAAGGCUGUGGAGAGGCGAGCCGCAGAGGAGUUUGAGCGAGAGCGCCCCAGGGUGCCAACAAGAGGACGGACAGAGAUCACGCUGUGUUUGAGUCCCAAUCCUGCCAGCCGCUCUGCGUCCCGCUGUGCCACACCUUCAUCCAUUAUCUCACCGGAAGACACACUCACCACUGUACGCCGGACAUCGGAGCCAAACCUUGACCCACAGACCAGAACCAAAAGUCCAGUGCCAGACUUAACAGUAUCAGAACCUUCCCCCACACCUCCCUCUGAUCCAGACAAGCAGCAGGCUGAGACAGAGGCGCCUGCAGAGACAGAGGAUGUCGCUGAGACUCAGGACGACCAGGAUGUAGUGGCAGAGCCAGCAUCAGCAUCAGAACAGUCAGGCGUGGAGAAGGACGAGAGGCAAGAGCAGGAGAAGCUCGAGGAACAGAAACAGUACAUGGACAAGGUAGAAGUGGAAGGGCAGGUCGAGGAGGAAGAGGUAGCAGACGUUGCAGAGGUGGGAGAGACAGAUGUGGAGGUGAAUGUGGAGUUUGAGAAGGAGCAGCCGGAAAGGGAUGUCGAAGACGGUGUACUGCUGAGUGAGAAGGAGAAACAGAACGAGGAAGUGAAUGAAAAGGAUAACUGCUCUGCAUCCAGCAUCUCCUCCACAAGUAGCACUCUGGAGAGGGAGGAGCGGGAGGAGAAACUCACCAAUGACAUUGAAGCAGGCCAAUGGACACAGUGCAUUAAAGACGCAGAUGUGAACGACCAGUGCAACAAAAUACUCAACAGCAAGCGCUUCAUGCUGGACAUGCUCUACUCUCAGGCGACAACCGGCAAGGAUGAAGGGAACGUAGCAGAAACGGAGAAGGAAAACUGUAAAUGUGAGAAGGAUGCAGAGAUUAAUGACUCCUCUGUAGCUAGCUUGGCCAGCAGGAUCUCCACAUUGGAGGCUCACAGACAGGCCAGAGAAGAAAAUGUGAAAAAAAUGGAGGUGGGACAUCUGGACAACCAGGGCAGUGUGCGAGCAGUGGCAGAGAAGUUUGGAGAUUUGGUCAAAGGCCUAACGUCUCUUCCUGAGGUCGAGGCCUCAAAAGAGCAGCAGCAAAAUGACAAAUCAUCAAUCGCUGCCUCAACCUUACCCCCUAAGAAAGAGUCUGACUAUAUCUGGGAUCAGCUGAUGGCCAAACCUAGAGAGCUGAGGAUCAAAGAAAUGGACUUCACAGACCUGAGGGAUGAGGAUGACAUGGAUAUUUUAGAUAUGGACAGUGUACUAGGGUCGGGUGACCUCAUACCACCUCCUCCACCUCUGCCAUGUAAUGCUGCACUGCCACCACCCCCACCCCUGUUUGGGUGCCCUCCUCCUCCCCCUCCUCCCAUGCUUGGCAAAAUGAUGCCCCCAGCCCCACCAUUCAUGGCCCCUAUCCCUCCGCCCUCCCCUCAGCUGAGUCGAGGGGAGAUGCCUCUCUUCCAAAAAAAAAAGAAGACCAUCCGACUCUUCUGGAACGAAGUGCGUCCCGUGGACUGGCAUUGUAAGAGUCAUAAAUUCUGUAAGGAGUCCCUGUGGUCCAAACUGGAGCCGGUUAAACUGGACACAUCCAAGCUAGAGCAGAUGUUUGAGUCCAAAUCCAAGGAGCUGCCCGUCACGAAGAAAGCAGCUGUUGAUGGUAAACGACAAGAAAUCAUAGUCCUGGACUCAAAACGCAGCAAUGCUAUAAACAUCGGCUUGACUGUCUUACCUCCUCCUCGCACUAUUAAGACCGCUAUUCUCAACUUUGAUGAGUACGCACUGAACAAGGAAGGCAUUGAGAAAAUCUUGACAAUGAUCCCCACGGAAGAAGAGAAGCAGAGGAUCCAGGAGGCUCAGCUGGUCAACCCUGACAUCCCCCUGGGCAGUGCUGAGCAGUUCCUUCUCACCCUGUCCUCCAUCACAGAGCUGUCUGCUCGCCUGCAGCUGUGGGCAUUCAAGAUGGACUAUGAGCUUAUCGAGAAGGAAGUGGCAGAGCCUCUGCAGGACCUCAAGGAAGGGAUGGACCAGUUAGAGAAAAACAAGACACUCCGCUACAUCUUGACCACAUUGUUGGCCAUUGGCAACUUCCUCAACGGCACUAAUGCUAAAGGCUUUGAGCUAAAUUACUUGGAGAAAGUCCCGGAGGUGAAGGACACAGUUCAUAAGCAGUCCCUGCUGCACCAUGCCUGCUCCAUCGUGGUGGAGAAGUUUCCAGACAGCACUGAUCUCUACUCUGAAAUAGGAGCUAUCACCCGCCUGACCAAGGUGGACUUUGACCAGCUUCAAGACAAUCUGGCCCAGAUGGAGCGAAGGUGCAAAGCAUCAUGGGAUCACCUCAAGGUCAUUGCGAAACACGAGAUGAAACCACCGUUGAAACAAAAAAUGUCGGACUUCCUCAAAGAUUGUGCAGAGAGAAUCAUUAUUCUGAAGAUUGUACAUCGAAGAAUACUCAACAGGUUUCAUGCCUUUCUGCUGUUCCUGGGCCAUCCGAUAUAUGCGGUACGUGAGGUCAGCAUCCAUCGCUUUAGCAAGAUCCUGAGUGAAUUUGCCCUGGAGUAUCGCACAACAAGAGAGCGCGUGCUACAACAGAAACAGAAGAGGGCCAACCACCGAGAGAGGAAUAAGACCAGGGGAAAAAUGAUAACAGAUAGUGGUAAAUUUGGCGGUGCCCCAUCCGACACACAGGAGAUUCAGGCUCAGGGUAUCCAGUAUGCUGAAGAUGCAGCUGAACAUGAGAGCAUGAAGGCCAUACUAAAGAGCAGCUUGCAGGGCGGAGAGAGUGUGGCGUCCACGGUGCCCGGCCUCCGUACGCGCACCAGAGCUAGCAGCACCAGAGGGCGUGUUGCCCCAUGGUGCUCUGCCAGUGACGACCCAGUAAACUGCACAGAUGACACAGCUGAUGAGAUUAUGGAGAGGAUUGUAAGGUCAGCCACUCAGGGGCCCAGCCAGCGGACACAACCUCGGGAGAGGAGACGGUCCCGAGCCAACCGAAAAUCACUGAGGAGGACACUGAAGAAUGGUUUGACAACAGAGGAGGCGAACGCUCUCGGCUUGUCCAGUGGUUCAGAGAUGCAGGUGUGAGCUGGACACAGCGUCAGGACGUCCCGAAGCCCUUUCACUGCCCCUCCAAUGCCUGCACCCAAACUGGCAACUCACUCUGGCUUGGCAUUAAAAUUCCCUCACAGCUUGGAUGAGUUGACCUCAUCUUCAUGCAUUUGGUUCACAUAGGCUUGACACAAGUGCUUCCUGAAGAGAGUGGAUAAAAGGUUUUAUUCUUGAACUGAUGGUCAGAGAGAGCAGAACCGGAACGUGCAUUCCAACCACUAAAUGUUGCUAUUGAUGGAUGAUCACCGAUGACGUUCCCUCAUAAGGCUAAAUCGCAAUCAUCCUUCAAACACCUGCGCAAAA